AUGGAAAAAGGCAAAAAAGGCUCAUACGAAUAUGCAAUAGUACACAAAGACAAAAAUCAUGUCGAAGCCCAACUUAGUUCCAAAGAUGCUUAUUCUAAUAGAAAUGAUUUAUUGGGCUCUUUAUUUGGACGAAGAUCCGAAAAAUAUUUUUGUACAGCGGAAACCCCCGGAGUUUCUCAAUGUUAUGAUGCACAAGGGAGAAGUGCUGGUAAGGUUGUUGCUGAUAAAAAUGGAAAUGCUGUUGUUUAUAAUGAAAAAGAUGUUCCUAUAGGAACUGGAUCUGUAAGGAAAGUUUCUGAAAGAAAUUAUGAGGCAGUAAUCAGCAAAAAUUUAUUUAUUACACGGUUAAAAGAUGCACGUAGAGGGCCUUGUUGUAGAGAAUUUACUGGCCAUGAUUGUGUUGAACAGAUAAAAUUAGCCAAUCCACAAUUUAGCCAUCCACAAGAGAGGGAUGAAAAUGGGAAUUUACAUUUAACCUGGCCAGAAUGUUUUGAUAUGUCUAUUGAUGUUACACUUCCGCAUAAUGUACAUAUUAACCGUUUGGCAAUGAAAUUAGAUGUACAUAUACAGCCUAUAGGGAAACUUAGAUGCAUGGAUGUGGCAACAUGCGGCAGAGAAUGUUAUUAUUGUGAUUGGUGUAGAGGAAGCAGAAAAUUAAAAUUAUUGGAGAGAACUGACGGAAAUCUGUGUAGAGCAACAGAAGAGAGGACUUAUCGUUUAACAACAAAAUUGUGCCCUCCCCCAGAAGAUCCAAACUUUACUUUAUGUACAACAUUUACUAAAAGUGUUUGGCAAAAAGAUUAUUGGCAAAAGGAGGGAGCUUUGGAUAUUUGGAUGAAAUUUUAUGAAAGGGCUGAAAAUAGGGCUGAAUUGGAACACGAAUUUUUCUCUCAGUUGGAUAAUCCUCUUUUGGGGAAAGCUUUUAAAUUGGCGAUUAUUGGGGAGUGGUUAGCUGCUAAUAGUUUGGACCAAGGCAGUUACACACCUACAAACUCUGAAUUACUCGAAUUUUGGGUAUCGAGGCGUGCACCCGACAGACUUUUGGCCUGCGAUCAUGCUGUUAUAGACUAUGAAUUGGAAGGUUCUAAAGUAAAAACUAACGUUCUUUUUGAAGCUGCUACAACUGCUGGGAAUUUACCAAAUAUAUUCAAAGACAAAAAGUGUCAACAAUUUGAAAAUUUACAAGAAGAACGUUUUCAACAAGGAGUGCGCGAGUAUAAACAGAAAAGUGGGGGUGGUACUGGAAAUAUAUUAAGUGGAAUUGGAAAUUUAUUUAGAGGAAAAUGAGGCGAAUUAAAGGAAGCUUAUGGAUAUUUAAUUAUAAUAUUCAGAAUUAUUUUAAUAUUUAUUUGAAUAAUUUUAAUUAAUCUAAAAACUAAUUAUCUCAAUUAAAAUGAAAUAUAACAAACACGAAAGGACAGAG